UGUCCGUACUCAUCGUUCUGGUUCUGUUUUUCUCAUCAUUCACCAUCAGAGUUCCAACAUACAGAGUUCCUUUCUUUCAGACAGACAGACAGGCACAUAGAGAGAGAUGAGAAUGACGAUAAAGAUUUUUUAUUUUUGUUUCUUGGUAGAAUCCGUCUGCAGCAACAAAGACAACAACACUCUGCAAAAUCACUGACAGAGUGGCCUUCCCAUAAUUUCCUUCCCCAACGCGGGCUCCGGACGAAUAUCCUCCUCUUCCUCCUCCUGCUCCUUGUCACUUUCCAAUUUCCAGCUGCCCCAUCUAGCAAUCCUCUUCACCAUCAUUGCCGCCAUCUUCUUCUUCUUCUUCUUCUUCUUCUUCUUCUCUCUGUUUCCCAUUCGCAGCCCGUCCACUAUUCUCAGAGUCGCGGAGCACCCAAGGAGGAUCCAUUUCUGGAAUUUCUUUUGGGUGGUGGGUUUUGUUCAUCUUUCAUGGAACUCGAAGAGGACGGGGUGGUCUUUGUCUGUCCCCGUAUUUGAGCGUUCAUGGUUUACAGGAAAUAAUCCGAUAUCGGGUUGUUCCCGCUUUUUCUUCUAACUUGGAGAAUGGCCCCGGACUCUUCUCCUAAGAGGGUUUAUCAAGUUUGGAAAGGAAGCAACAAAUUCGUCUUUGGAGGUAGGUUGAUUUUCGGUCCCGAUGCAGCGUCCCUCUUUCUCUCUGCUCUCCUGAUCAUGGGUCCUGCAAUUGCUUUCUGCAUAAAAGCUUAUUUGAAGAUUGAUGGCCAUCCUCAUUUUCUUCCCGUGCUGAUCGUGUCCUCCAUCCUCACUUUUCUGGAUCUAGUGUUCCUCCUGGUCACCUCCUGCAGGGACCCCGGGAUAGUUCCUAGGAAUUCCCGGCCUCCCGAAUCAGAUGAGGCUUUCGUUAUGACUACCCCUUCUAUGGAGUGGGUCAACGGAAGAACUCCUCACAUGAAACUUCCCCGAACGAAAGAUGUGAUUGUUAAUGGUCAUGCUGUCAAAGUGAAGUAUUGCGACACUUGUUUACUCUUUCGUCCUCCCCGCGCUUCUCACUGCUCGAUCUGCAACAAUUGUGUGCAGAGGUUUGAUCAUCACUGUCCAUGGGUCGGUCAGUGCAUCGGAAUCCGCAACUAUCGGUUCUUCUUCAUGUUUAUAUCAACAUCCACCAUUCUGUGCAUCUUUGUCUUUGUAUUUUCAUGGAUCAACAUACUUGAAGCUAAAGAUAAGUGGGGCAAUAUAUGGAAAGCCAUGUCCCAUGACGUCGUAUCUGAUUUUCUCAUCAUUUACUGCUUCAUAGCAGUUUGGUUCGUGGGCGGUCUCACCAUCUUCCACUUCUACCUUAUCUGCACAAACCAGACUACUUAUGAGAACUUCCGCUACCGCUACGAUAAGAAGGAGAAUCCAUAUAGCAAAGGACUGGGCGGGAACCUCGUAGAGGUAUUCUUUUCCCGGAUACCACCUUCAUUGAAUAAUUUUCGAGCAUUUGUUGAGGCAGAGGAACCAAUGGCAGUGGAGGCCUUGACUCCAAAUCUUGGAGAAGGCACUGCUGACUCAAAAGAGAGACUCGAUCUCAAGAUGGGGAUUGAGCUUGUAGAGGGCAACAGUGGUUUCAUGCUCCCUGAGAUUUUACAGAACUUGAACUAUGAUGAUUUUGAGGAUAGCCGGAGGAGCAAGGAAGGAGGAGAGCAAUCUGCUGCUGAUCCCUUUUUCUCUUGUUCGGAGCAAGAAAGGGAGGAAUGGAUACGAGAACCUGCUGAUGCAGAUCGAGAAAGGAAUGUCAGUGCAGAAACUCCCCUCAUGCAGGAUGAAGCAGAAGGAUCUGUCCAAAGUUCCGCUGGUUUAGGUGAUGAAAAUUCUGCCAAGAGAGCUACUGAUGAAAGCGAUUCCCAUCAAACUGCUGCAGUAGUUUCUCAAUCAUAAAAGAUAUUUAUCAUCACAGAUUCUGGUUGCAGAGUAGAAACUAUGGCAGAUCAAUCUCGUUCUACAAUUGCAGCUGUCGGAGAACUUUAAAAAAUGGUUACGUCGGUUUGAAGAGAACAUUUCCCAUCUCUCAUUAUUUCUUGAAGAGCAAGUUUAUUGCUGUAAAUUAAUGUCAGAGUAAUUCGGAAACUUAUGAGGAAAGACCAAACAUGCCGUUACAUUUUGAAAGAAACCCGAAUAUGUGUCCAUAAAAGCGAAGCAUGUGUUAUAGUCAUCUCAUCUCUUUUUUCCUUUUCGGCAUUAGAACUUGGUUUGCUUGUUUGGAUUCAUUUGUUUCGAUGGAAGGAGACCACAAGAAACUUGUUGCCAUAUUUGGGAUUUGAGUUCUCUUGCA